UGUAUUUUGAACAGCAAUAAUACAAAUAAACAGCUCCUCUUUUCCAUUCUACCCCACGUUAAGCAUACCCUAUCGAGCCAUAGUCUGGCUGCGGAAUGCGGGGAGAUUUGCUGGUGUGGCGUUCGCAUAUUAGUCCGUACCGAGGUUCGCAAGCAUAGCAGAAAUAGCGGAAUUUGGAAUCUGUAGUCCAUUCAACAAACAUAUCUCACCCAAUCUCAGGAGUCGGAGCAGGAACAGGGUCAGACGGCGCGGGAUGGACGCCUCUGCUCUGCUCUGCUCCUGCUGAUGCCUUUUUCUUAUCUGUCAUGCUGUCCCUGUUCCUGAUUUACUACUUAUGUGUUUUCUCUUUCUCCUCUCUUCCCCAUAAUAUAGAAGAAAGCAUUUACACGGACCAUCCCAUAUCGCUUAUCUCACGAACAAUUCGGUCGCUGAGACACUUCACUGCGAACCUCUUUCUCCAUCGUACACACAAAUCCUCGCGAUGCCGGUCCCAAUUGCGCUCGCAGCUCCUGCUGCUGUGGCGGGGGCCAUGUACCUCGACGCAAGACUCGGCUUGACGUACGACUAUCGAUUACUGGGAGCGGCCAUGAAAGCAACGAUUCAAAUGGGAUUCAACGAGAAGAAAGCCAGGUUGAAUGUCUUCUACGUCCUAGAAGGUUAUGCCACCAAUAGGAAGACCGCGAACAAUACAUUCAUCAUCUUCGAAGGUCGACGAUGGACAUACAAGCAGGUCUACCAGAUUGCCUUGAAGCAAGGAACAUGGUUAAAGACGAAGUAUGGUAUCAAGCCAAAGGAGAUCGUGGCUAUGGACUUUAUGAACUCGGAAAAGUUCGUCUUCAUGUGGAUGGCAUUAUGGAGCAUUGGUGCCAAGCCAGCGUUCAUCAAUUACAACCUCACCAAGAAGGCCCUCGCCCACUGUAUCCGAGUCUCUACCGCCAGGGUUGCAUUCAUCGACCCCGAGGUUCAGUCAAACGUUACCCAAGAAGUUCUAGAUGAGCUUCCAGAGGUUCAAUUCGAGGUAUUCACACCAGAACUAGAGGCGGAAAUUGCUGUGACCGAGGCUGUGAGAGUACCGGAUGCCGAUCGAGCAGAAGACAAAAGGCAGAAUAUGGGUAUCAUCAUCUUCACCAGCGGCACCACCGGACUACCAAAAGGAGCAAUUGUUAGUUGGUCAAAGAUUAUUGUUGGUAGUGGAUUGGUCGUUCCAUGGAUGUGGUUCACUCAAAAGGAUGUUUUCUACACAUCUAUGCCUCUCUAUCAUUCCUCGGCCUCUGUCUUAGGCUUCUGCACAGCACUUCGCGCUGGAGCUGCCUUCUCCCUCGGCAAGAAAUUUUCCACCAAAACAUUUUGGGAAGAAGUCCGGGCUACAGAAGCAACCUACAUUCAAUACGUUGGAGAGACUUGUCGAUAUCUUCUCUCCGCCCCUCCUCAACUCGACCCGGUAACAGGCGAGAAUCUCGACAAGAAACACAAAGUCAAAGUAGCCUUCGGAAAUGGUUUGAGGCCCGAUAUCUGGAACCGCUUCAAGGAACGGUUCGGCAUAGCAGGUAUCGCAGAAUUCUACUCUGCGACAGAAAGUUCGUCCGCAGCAUGGAACUUCAGCCGCAACGACUUUAGCAAAGGCGCCAUCGGUCGCGCAGGCAGCAUCGCUUCCCUAAUCGUCAAAGGUACUGUCGAGAUCGUCGAGAUGGAUUGGGAAACAGAGAUGCCGUAUCGAUUCCCUGAUACCGGGUUCUGCAAACGAGUACCGCAAGGAGAGCCUGGAGAGGUCCUGUAUCAGUUAGAUCCGGACGAUAUUUCGAAAAAGUAUCAGGGGUAUUGGAAUAACAAGGACUCUACGGAGAGUAAGAUAAUGAGGAACGUGUUUGUGAAGGGCGACGCAUAUUUCAGGACGGGUGACAUGCUGUCUGCUGAUGAAAAGGGCUGCACAUAUUUCAACGAUCGGAUCGGUGAUACCUAUCGAUGGAAGGGCGAGAAUAUCUCCACGAGCGAAGUCUCAGAGUCGUUCGGUACCCAUGGCGCAGUCCACGAAGCGAACGUAUAUGGCAUCGAACUUCCACACCACGACGGCAGAGCUGGCUGCGCUGCUCUUGUCUUGGCCGAAGAGCCGAGUGAGAGACUGAUGCAGGAUCUUGCGAGACAUAUCCAUGCCGAACUUCCAAGAAGCGCUGUACCAUUGUUCCUGAGAUUGACGAAGCAGAUGGAGUUGACGGGCACUAACAAGCAUCAAAAACACGUUGUGCGAACGCAGGGCGUGAAUCCGGAGAAGGUAGCUGGUGAUGAGCUGUUUUGGUUGAGGGGUGGGACGUAUGCUAAGUUCAGCAAGAAGGAUUGGGAGGAGUUGAAUGGUGGGAGAGUAAAGCUUUGAUCGGGCUGCUCUUUGAUCCGUACAUGUCGCUUCAGGCUUCAGAUUUGCUUGUAUUUUGGGAGGGGCGUUGGCAUGGUUGUUCCUUGGACUGGGUAUGGGUGGGUAGAUCGGAUCACGAUAUCUACAAAAUUUUACUUUGCU